AUGGAGGAAGAUUAUGGAAUUUUAGAUGAACGUAAUCAUACUUGGAAUGGUGCCAUAGGCCUUAUUGUUAAUAAACAGAUCGAUAUAGCUUUGGGCUUUUUUACAAUUAUACCCAAUGAAAUUGCUAUUAUUGAUUACUCUUCAGAACUGAUAAGAGGUGAAUGUAUCAUAAUAAUUAAACAACCAGAAAUUAAAGUUCUCGUCUCAUGGUCAGCAUAUUUUGAGAUUUGCAAAAAUGAAAUGGCUCUUUUUGCAGACAUGCUAUUUUUAAAAAUCAUUUAUCACAAUAAUCUCUCAGGUAUUUGUAAUUUUUCAAUAAUACCAACUGGUGAAUUUAUUGAGUUCGCUUUAAUUUUAAAUAAAAACAGUCCAUAUACAAAAAUAGUAAAUUACUAUAUUCGAAGAUUUCAUGAAAAUGGUGUAUUGACUCUACUAAACGCGGAAAUUUAUAAGAUUGGAACAAAAUAUUCGUAUCAAAGCUUUUAUAAAAAACAUACACCUGUUACUGUUGUGGAUGUUGCAGUGAUUUUAACAAUUUUAUUUUCAAGUUUCAACCUAACUUUAAUAAUCUCUCUUUGA